UGGGGGACUCGGGGAUUCCGACUGCACUGUGGGAGGAGGAGCGGAAGUGGAGGAAGUCGUCCCACAGAUUGGAUGUGUGUCUCGCAGCAGCGUAGCUUCGCUCGGCUCUGGGAUCCGAGCUGACACCGACUCGUCCAGAAAAAAAGCAACAGAGGCUGGUUGCUAAAACGACGAUCCAUUUCUCCCGAAGAGACGGAGUUCACGGAGUGUCGAACUGAACAGCUUGUACGAGAUAAAACUGCGAGCCCCGGUCCCUGAAACGAGCAGUAUGCAUUCGGACUGCAGGCUGCUAUGGGCAGAGCGGUAAUGGUGGGCAGGGGACCGACAGGAGCCGGACUGUUCUUCCUGUCGACUCUCAUCAUCUUCACCGCGAGCAGCAGCCGAGCGCAGAAAGGCGAUGGCUGUGGCCCCAGUGUGUUGGGCCCCAGCAGUGGGACCCUUUGCUCCCUGGGCUACCCUGGUACCUACCCCAACCACACGGUGUGUGAGUGGGAGAUCAGCGCCCCCGCUGGCCGCAGCCUGCACUUCCGUUUCUCCGACCUGGACAUAGAGGACAACAACUGCCAAGUCAACUAUCUCCGCAUCUUCGACGGCAUCGGAGCACAGCGCAGUGAGAUCGUGAAGUUCUGCGGUCUGGGGCUGAAGGUUCCGGAGCUGAUCCAGUCCCAGGGGAACCAGGUCACCGUCCAGUUCAUGAGCGGAACCCACCGGAGGGGGAGGGGCUUCCACCUGUCCUACUCCACCACGGAUCACCCAGACCUCAUCACCUGUCUAGACAAAGGAAUACACUUCACAGAGGCUGAAUAUAGCAAGUACUGUCCUGCAGGAUGCCUCGCGUCCACGGGGGAGGUGUCUGGGACUAUACCUCACGGCUACAGAGAUUCUUCUCCAGUGUGUACAGCAGCCAUCCAUGCAGGCGUGGUGUCUAACUCCCUGGGGGGUCAGAUCAGUGUGGUCAGCAGUAAGGGCAUCCCUCGCUAUGAGGGCUCGCUGGCCAACAACGUCACCUCCACUGGAGGCCCCUUGUCCAACAGUCUCUUCACCUUCAAGACGAGUGGUUGCUAUGGGACGUUGGGUCUGGAGUCUGGUGUCGUCAGGGACUCCCAGCUCUCUGCGUCCUCCAUGUGGGAGUGGAGCGACGUGAUUGGCCAGCCGGGGGUGUGGGGGCCGUCCAGGGCGCGACUUAAGAAGGCGGGACUUCCGUGGGCGUCGGCUGUUAGCGACCAGCAGCAGUGGCUUCAGGUGGACCUGAAGAAGGAGAAGAGGAUUACAGGCAUCACCACCACAGGCUCCACCCUCCUGGAUUACCAAUUCUAUGUGUCAGCCUAUCGGGUCCUCUACAGCAAUGACGGACAGCACUGGAGCACCUAUCGGGAUGCAGAUGGCACUGUGGACAAGGUCCUCCAAGGGAACACCAACUACCUGCAGGAGGUCAGGAACGACUUCAUCCCACCCAUCGAAGCGCGAUUCGUCAGGAUAAGCCCCUCCCACUGGCACCAGCGAAUUGCCCUCAAGAUAGAGCUUCUGGGGUGCCAGAUCCACGCAGCGAGGCCGCGGAUCUUCCAAACCCCUCGGCUGGCCCUGCCCCCUGCGAUAACUCCUGCCCCCCCUGAGGGUGACAAGACCACACACACCCCCGACAUCAGGAACACCACCAUGCCUCCCCGCACCAGCAACGGUAACACCAGUCAUCACCAAGACGUUGCCUUGGCAGCAGUGCUGGUCCCUUCUGUGGUCAUGGUGCUGACAACCCUCAGCCUGGCCGUGGUGUGCACCUGUCACUGGAGAAACAGGAAGAAGAGUUCGGAGGGAACAUAUGACCUUCCUCACUGGGAUCGCACAGACUGGUGGAAGAGCAUGAAACAGCUGCUGCCCUCCAAGAUGGCGGAGGGGGAGGAGUCAGUGCGCUACAGCAGCAGCCAGGUGGGGCGGCUCAGAGGCAGGGGGGCCGUCCCUAGGCUAGAGGCCGAACCUGCAGAGUACGCCCACCCCCUGGUGAGCGGCGUGGUGACAUCACUGGGCCCGAGGUCGACCUUCAAGCCGGAGGAGGGACCAGACCCGGGCUACACCCACCCAGACCUGUACGACAAGCCCAUGUCACCUGACAUAUACCACGCCUACGCCGAGCCACUUCCUGCCUCCGGAGCAGAGUACGCCACUCCCAUCAUGAUUGACAUUGCCGGCCACCUAUCAGGAACCUCCUCCUCCAUGAGCCAGCCAACCGGUUCGGCCGUUUCCAGCUUCCUGGGCCGAGGCCCCGCCUCCCUGCUGGCUCGGACAGACAGCAGCCAAUCAGGGAGGUCCACGUACGACACGCCCAAAAGCACCACUGGACAAGCCACGCCAACCGAGGAGCUCACCUAUCAGGUGCCUCAGAGUAGCUCCCAGAAGCCAAUGGGACAGAGCUGAAUUAUGGGAGGACCUAACCCCAGCCCUCCACCUCCAGCAGCAGAGAGGAUGAGGUUGAGAGGAUCAUGGAGGUGUGUGGACCAAUGAGAGGCCAGGGCCUGCCUCAGGCCUGGUUGCUAUGGAGAUGUCUGUACGUAUGUGUGUGUGUGUCUAACUGUACGCGUAUGUGUGUGUCUAACUAUGUGUGUUGUGAGCUUGUAUGUGCCAUACCAGUCCUAUCACUGAAACCAUAACGUUGAAUGUUCACGAAAAGAGAGGAGGAAAGGGAGGGAAGGCGUAAUGGAGGAAAUAUCUCACUACUGUUUCAGCUGGGCUCAUUCCCUCUGCCUGUGCUUCAGUUCAGUGUUCCGCGUCAAGCUGUGAGUGUUCUGUGUUCUGUGUUCCUGUGUCGAUGUCAGCCCUGAGACGGGACCCUCCGAGCCAUGAGGUUCUGUCAUCGCAGUGACGUGGCAGUUCCCCCACGGUACGCUACUAUCGCAAGACUGCUGUUCUUCAGCUCCAUCUUAGCUUUUAUUUUAUUUUUUCCUAAAUCAUCUUUUCACCAGAUCCGGAGCAUGUCAUAAACCUGUGUUCAAAGUUUAUCAAAUGAUUUAAUUUAUUUUAUUACUACUUUGAAACCUUGAAGACCUUGCUGAAACUGGGAUUCAGAUUCACACUAGGGCAUGGCACCAUGUUCUCAACCACUAUCAGAAGAGAUGACGUACGCAAAACACAAUAUGGUUGCACUGUCGUCACGGUAACACCGUCAUGGACACCUGGCCUUGGGUGACACCGGCAGGUGGCCAAUCAGAAAGGGCCGGUGCAGGUUGUGAUAGGUUCUCACUAUUACAUCUAACCACUGCCCUAUCAAAUUUGCUGACUUGAAAAGGUGGAAUCCAAGACAGGCGAUCAAACAAAGGUGCCCUUUGUUGUGUCUCCGUGGUUACCAGAGUGUGUCUUGUUGUGUAGAGAAGGAUGUUAUGAUGUGAGACCAAAACUUUCCUUGUUAACGUUGCUGUUUUUUAGUUAAUAACCAUUUUGUCCAAGCGUGUCAGUUAGAACCACUGGCAGUUGAUUCAGUGUAAGCAAAAGAGUCAAACUACCAUGUACUGACAUAUCUACACUAGAUAUAUAUACAUCUAGUAUAGAUCAGCACCAGACUUCUAGAGCCUGGUUCCACAGUUACCAGUCAGUCCAUCUCUUACCUCUGCUGCAGCAGAUGGGAACAGGCACAUAACCAGCCGUUCAGUCAAGAAAACACAUGACAUCACAUGGCCAAUAAAAACACUUUCAGUUUUGGUUACAAGGAAUCUGCAUGUGUGUGAAUCACUGUCCUUAUGAAUCUGUCAUGAUUGUCACCCCUAUGGACUGAUUCAUGUCGUCAAAGUGUCAUGAUGCGAUUGGUUAUGUCUGUGCUUCAUCACUAUCUGUGUGCAAUUAGCUGUGUCUGUACUAGUUCCCCUCAUCAUCUGUGAGUAUACGAAUAUGUACGGGCUAGCAGAGAAUGAGUUAGCCAUCUGUGUGCAUGUAGUUAUGUCUGUACGGCGGCACCAAGGAGUGUACUGUGUGUUUUGAUUAGUCGUGUCUGUUGUUGGGGAUGUGCAGGGAUCACUUCCUCUCUGUGAGGUCACACAAGUCAGAGGCCCGACAGGAAGUGAUGUUGAACUGGUAAAAUACUCACAAAUAUGCAUCCCUCCUUCCUCCCCCAUCCAUGAGGUAACCUCUGAUCUGACGCGACGGGAGAAGGGAAGACUGUGUUGUGGCCAGUCAGAUCUGUGAUCUCUCAGGGGAAGGAAUCGGGGAGGAUGCAUCAUCAGAGUAUUGAAACGGGCCCCGUGUCACCUAACUGUAGCGCUGUCUCUUUAGGCACAGAAAUAAAGACUGUUCCAAAA